UCUAAUUGGAUCAAUGUAUUAUAUAUUAUACAUAAUUAUUAAUAUAUUAUAUAUUAUUAUUAUAUCAUUUAUUCCCUGUGUGUCUGAGCAGGAGUCGUUCACCUCGUCUCUCAGCUGCUCUGCGAACAUGAGCACCUCGAACCUGUCCACAGUGGAUGGCACUGAUAGGCUGUGUGUUUCUGAGCGUGCUCAGUCCGUCCCGUCCCGAGUCCUUCACCUGCGCCAGCUUCCCGCCGACGUCUCCGAACAGGAAGUGCUGGCGCUGGCGCUUCCCUUCGGCCGAGUUAGUAAACUGAUCACACUGAAGACCAAGAACCAGGCGUUUCUAGAGAUGGCGUCAGAGGAAGCAGCAGUUACCAUGGUGAACUACUACACCUCGGCCACGCCUACCGUCAGGAACCAGCCAAUCUUCAUUCAGUACUCCACCCACCGCGAGCUCAAGACCGACAAUCUGACCAAUCAGAGAGCUCAGGUGACGCUUCAGGCCAUCAGUGCAGCAGCAGUGCAUUCUGGGAGCAUGGCGUCAGGAGGGGAGGGGCGGGGCUUAGCUCUGGGUCAGAGUCCCGUGCUGAGGAUCAUCGUGGAGAAUUUAUUUUACCCGGUCACGCUGGAGGUUCUACAGCAGAUCUUCAGUAAGUUCGGCUCAGUGUUGAAGAUCAUCACUUUCACCAGGAACAAUCAGUUUCAGGCUCUGCUGCAGUUCAGUGACGCCGUGCACGCUCAGCACGCCAAGGCUUCUCUGGACGGUCAGAACAUCUACAACGGCUGCUGCACGCUGAGGAUCGACUUUUCCAAACUGAGCGCGCUCAACGUCAAAUACAACAACGACAAGAGCCGAGACUUCACCAGAGCCGACCUGCCCACCGGAGAGCUGGAGCCCGCCGCCGCCUUCGGUGUAGCCCUCCCUCCAUACGGUGCAGCAGCUUUCCCGCCCACCUUCCACCAACACACAGGUCUGUCGAUGGCGGCAGUCCCUGGCUCGCUAGUGUCGCCUCCUCGUGUCUCGCUGCAGGUGGCGCCUCCUGCUGUCCACUCAGUGCUGCUGGUGUCCAACCUGAACCCAGAGAGCGUCUCGCCUCACUGCCUCUUCAUCCUGUUCGGUGUCUAUGGAGACGUUCAGAGAGUGAAAAUCCUCUUCAAUAAGAAGGAGAACGCUCUUGUUCAGAUGAGCGACGCCACACAGGCUCAACUGGCAAUGAGUCACCUGAACGGCCAGCGUCUCCAUGGUAACGUGAUUCGGGUGACGUUGUCCAAACACCCGGUGGUGCAGCUGCCUCGUGGGGGGGCUGGGCAAGAAGAGCAGGCACUGACUCGUGACUUUUCAGGCUCCGCCCUCCACCGCUUCAAAAAACCCGGAUCCAAAAAUUUUAACAACAUUUUCCCUCCAUCAGCGACGCUGCACCUGUCCAACAUCCCCUCCUCGGUCAGUGAGGAGGUGUUGAAGGAUUUAUUUUCCUCCAGCGGAUUCACAGUCAAAGCCUUUAAGUUUUUCCAGAAGGACAGGAAGAUGGCUCUGAUGCAGCUGGCGUCGGUGGAGGAGGCCAUUGAGGCGCUGAUCCACCUGCAUGACCACCAGCUGGACCACAACCAGCACCUCCGGGUCUCCUUCUCCAAGUCCACCAUCUGACCUUUGACCCCAAGACGCCCCCCACACAUAAAUAUACAGCAGGUCAGCUGAUGUCAGCAGGCGGCCCUGGGCUGUCAGCAUAGUUACUGUUGUCAUUAGCCUGUUAGCUUUAGUUUAGUCAGCUAUUAGCCUGUUAGCCAUCCAUUUAACUAUAACACCUUUUAGCUUAUUAGCUUGAAUUUAGCUGCAGCAGCCCGUAGCUUGUUAGCUUUGAGGUUAGCUGCAGUAGCUCGUAGCUUGUUAGCUUUGAGGUUAGCUGCAGUAGCUCGUAGCUUGUUAGCUUUGAGUUUAGCUGAAGCAGCUCAUAGCUUGUUAGCUUCAUUUGUUCACAACAAUUAAAUUGUAUAACAUCAGAGAUUCAUGUUGAUGUUUCAUCUUAACAAGAGAAACUCAAACAUUAGCGAGUGUUAUUGAUGUUAAAGUUUGUUGAUGACGAAUGUUAAGCUCCAGUACAUAAAUAGAUAAUAAUAAUGUCAAGGCUGACAUGCUAGUAGCUAACUAACAUCAAAGCUAACGGUCUGAUAGCUCGUUAGCAUGACGCCUCUGACCCUCUGAUGUCACUUGCUCUCUGGACGUUUCAACCAUUUUCCUUCCAACCCGUCACCUGACCUUUGACCUUUGGAGCUGACUAACCAAUCAGACUGCAGGGAUUCUGAUUGGUCCGCGGUGAGAGCAAUGGACCAGUGGGAGAGACCUGACACACCAACGAGCUGUGCCUACAAACACUCUGACAUCACGAUGACGGAUGAUGUCACAACAAGGGGUCGUCGCCAUGGUUACAGAGCACAUUCCUGAGUAGACUGAGAACUGAGUAGCAAUGCAUUGUGGGUAGUGAGGUCCAACAAGGAGCUAAUGUGAGUGAACUGUUCUGUCUAAAUGUUAAAUUAAUGUGAUGCAGAAAAAAAAAAUCAGGAAAAAUUUUCUUUUUAAAGUUAAAAAGAGAAUUUUCAAAAUAAAACCUGCCUUUUUCUUAAAAUUCCAAAAGAAAUACUUUAAUUUUUUAUUCUUUUUGUUUUAUCUUCAGCAUGAUUCGAAAUCUGGUCUCGAAGCUGUAAAUUAUUUAUUUAGUUUUCACUGUAACUUUGAGCUAAAAGCAAAAAGACAUAAUUUAUCUUUUUAUUUCAUUUUUUUAAUAAUCACAGUUUCACUUUUAUUUUAUUGUUAAAAUUUAUUUUGACGACUUUCACAAACUUCCACCUUUUUUUAUUUUAUUUUCAGUGACGUGCCUUUCCAUCGGCACUUCACUGCCAUCUGAUUGGUUAAAUGAUUACUAUCAUUUAUUAUUAUUAUUAUAAUCAUUAUUAUUAUUGUUGUUUUGAUGUUAGCAUUUAGCUGCAAUCUCAACAAACCUUCUUCGUGCCUUAUUUUUCUGAUUGUUCUGCUGGUUUUUGGUUUUUGGUCGUGGUGUUUGGGGUCGUUCGUCGUUUUGAUCUGACUUUGAUUUUUCUUUUUUUUUUUAGGAUUUUUUAGGUGAAAUCUUUUUUGUUUUAUUGUUGUUUAUAUUUUGGGAGGGUUUUUUAAUCAUGAAUGUAUUUAUACUGUAAGACAUGAACUAGGUAAUGCUUCUAUGUCCCACCCACCUGUCCUACCUGCGUUUGUAUUUAUAUAUGUGUGUGUGUGUGUGUGUGUGUGUGUGUGUCAUACUGAGCUGUGAUUGGUUGAUCCUCAAAUGUCCCACCUUUUUUUCCUAUUAAAAAUAUAUUUAAUUCUAAUUCAGCUUGAUUUUUUUUCCCGUCUUGUUUGGAUUCAUUUGUUGUUGAUUUUCUUUUCAGGAAACAAGCCAGAAAAAAACAGGAAGUUUCAGAUUCCCAGUUUGCCUUCUGACCUCUGACCUUUCUGCUGAUUAUGUUAAAAGUAAAAAUGAGGCGGCGGCGACGACAAAGUCUUUUGUUGUUUUUGCUUGCAAAUUUUUUUUAUUUGUUGUUUUUUAUUUUUGUUAACUAAUUGAUAGAUUAUUUUUUCUUGUCCUUGUUUCUUUGUUAGGUUUAAAAAAAAUCUAUUUAUAUAGUUUAAAAAAUGAAUAUUCUUUUUGCAAACUUCUAAAAACAUUUUAAAAUUCAAUUCUAAGAUUAUUAUGUUUAGAUAAAGUGGGGGGCGGGGUCAAACCAAGCUAAAACUAAAGUGUGCCUUUCAAUUGGACUAACUCAUUAUCAUGACAUCACUUCCUGUUUAAAUGGCUUUCCAGUAUCUUUAAGUUAAUACUCAUAACGUGUUCCAUAAGGUUUUUAUUUGCAUGAUUUAAAUUGUUUUUACAUUUUCAUGUUUCGAUUCUUAUUUCAUAUCAAGUCAAAGUUUUUUUUGAAUUGGGAGAUUUAAACGUUGAUGUAAUCGAAUCUUUGUGACUUCUCAUGUAGCCCCGCCC